AUGAAGUCAACAUUCGCCGCUGCUGUGGCCGCUCUGGCCGCGGGUAAGGUCGCUGCCCAUGCUACCUUCCAGCAACUCUGGGUGGACGGCGUCGACAAGAUAAGUCUUUCUCUUCCUCAUCGAGGCACCUGUGUCCGUUUGCCGGGAAGCAACUCGCCGGUGACUGAUGUUACUGGCAACGACUUUGCCUGCAACUCCGGUACCAGCCCGGCCGCCGAAGUUUGCGCUGUGAAGGCGGGUGGCACUGUGACCAUCGAGAUGCACCAGCAACCCGGUGACCGCAGCUGCAGCAACGAGGCCAUCGGCGGCGCCCACUACGGCCCCGUGCAGGUGUACCUGACCAAGGUCGACGACGCGAAGUCGGCGGACGGCUCCAGCGGCUGGUUCAAGAUCUUCUCCAACGCCUGGUCGAAGAAGGAGGGCGGCAGCGUGGGCGACGACGACAACUGGGGCACGCGCGACCUCAGCACCUGCUGCGGCAAGAUGGACGUGCCGAUCCCGACGGACAUCGAGUCGGGCGACUACCUGCUGCGUGCUGAGGCCCUGGCCCUGCACACGGCUUCCAGCGCCGGCGGUGCUCAGUUCUACAUGAGCUGCUACCAGAUCACUGUCGACGGCGGCUCGGGCUCCGCUUCGCCGGAGCUUGUUAACUUCCCGGGCGCGUACGCCUCCUCCGACCCGGGCAUCACCAUCGACAUCCAUUCGGCCAUGUCCGACUAUGUCGCUCCGGGCCCCGCCGUCUACGCUGGCGGUACCACUGAGACCCCCGGCGGUGCUUGCAGCGGCUGCGAGGAGACCUGCUCGCCUGCCUCCUAA